AUGCAUCAUAAUGAAGACGUCAUAUCAGACUCGGAAGAUGAAAUUACUACAUUUUUGGAACCAUUUCAACCCAACAGAUAUCAAAGUAGCUUGCAAAACUUGACCAAACAGGAAAUUGAAUACAAUGCUCUAGCUACAGCCAGCGGCGAAGACAGUGGUGGAGUAACAGAUUCAGACAAUGUAUAUUUCCACAUGACACAAAUGCAAUCCAUACACGAAAGCGUCAUUGAACUGGAAAGGGAGUCCCAGUUACAAAAGAAAUCUAUCUUGUCAUUGAGAUCACUACGAUGUAGCUCCAGCGAGCGAAUGGAAGAGGAAUGCAAAGCCCCUGAUCCGCCCAAAAAGAAGAAUAAAAGGAAAACAACAACAGGAGCUAAAUCUAAAAAGAAGAACCAAUCCAUGAGUCAUCUGGUUCGUGAGGUCUUUGAGUCAGAUAAAAGUAAAUACUUUAUAGCCAAGCAGAGUCGUAUUGAUGAAUUUUGCGCACGAUCCAAGGCUAAUAACUCAUCAAGAUCCUUACAGAAUCGACGACUUGAACAAGCAGGUGAGAAACAGCUCUUGUCCUCUACCGAUUGGCUACGACUCUUACAUAGCAUCAAGAUUAGUUUCCCACGGACACGAUGCUUAUCAGAGAUACAGACGAAUGAGGACACUCAAUACAGGAGUCUCUGGGAUGAAGCAAGUUCAAACGUUCAAUUAGACAAUGAAGAAAUGAAGAUUUUAUAUAAUAAAUAA